UCCUGUGACGCGCUGAAAUUUUAAACUAUCCUCCUCCUCAGUGAUGGCGGCUUCGCUUCGCACUCUCCCUGCAAGCUGUAAUAACAAAUGGUACUACACUCGGCAACAGAUCGACAACAACCCAUCUCGGCGAGCUGGACUCGAUCCGGACAAGGAGCUUUCGUACAGACAACAGGCGGCCAACCUGCUGCAGGACAUGGGACAGCGGCUCAAUGUGUCCCAGCUUACAAUUAACACGGCCAUUGUGUACAUGCAUCGUUUCUACAUGGUCCAGUCCUUCACCAGAUUUCACAGAAAUGUCAUUGCUCCAGCAGCUCUUUUCCUUGCCGCAAAGGUGGAGGAGCAGCCCCGAAAGCUGGAACAUGUUAUUAAGGUGGCCCAUGCCUGUCUCAACCCACAGGAACCCUCACCUGACGUCCGCAGUGAUGCCUACCUGCAACAAGCCCAAGACCUGGUCAUUCUUGAGAGCAUAAUACUCCAGACCUUGGCGUUCGAAAUCACUAUCGACCAUCCGCAUACCCACGUGGUCAAGUGCACCCAGCUGGUUAGAGUUGUUUCAGCAAGUAAGGAUCUUGCUCAGACAUCUUACUUCAUGGCAACCAACAGUCUCCACUUGACCACAUUCUGCCUGCAGUACAGUCCGCCGGUCGUGGCUUGUGUGUGCAUCCAUCUUGCCUGCAAGUGGUCCAACUGGGAGAUUCCCGUUUCUACGGAUGGCAAACACUGGUGGGAAUAUGUUGACCCCACAGUUACACUCAAGCUUCUGGACGAGCUUACACACGAGUUCCUGCAGAUCCUGGAGAAAACACCCAGUCGAUUAAAACGCAUCCGCAACUGGAAGGCUGGAGGUCAGACACCAAAAACCAAGCCAAAAGUCCAGGAGGAGGGCGACCAGAGGGACACCAUGAUGAACAUGAUCUCCAUGGCCUCUUCAGAGAGCACCGUGGCAGGCCUGCUCAGCCUCUCGGCGCCGCCCUCCGCGUCGUCUUCGUCUUCAACGGCUGACAAGGAGAGGACGCCCGGCAGCGCUCAGACCUGGAGUGGUAAGAGCCAGACGGGGCCUGAGCAGCAGGCCAACCACGAAGUCCACACCCCCGCUAAGGUGUCCUUAAGCGAGUACCGUGCCAAGAAUGCGGAUGUGCUGGCCGCCCAGAAGAGGAAGCUGGAGAACAUGGAGGCCAGCGUGAAGAGGGAGUACGCCAACGCCGCGCAGGCUCUCAUUGGUCAGCAGCAGAGGAAGGAGAAACAGCAGCAUCAUCAUCAGCAGUCAGGUUCGUCUUCCUCCGACCUGUCCAACCCGUCACCCAUUAUUCUGAAAAUCCCCCUGGAGAAGGAGAGACACGAUAGAAGUUCUUUGAAAAUGAAGUUUCCUCUUGCCGGCGGAGGCAGCAGUGGGCACGGUGGCCGAGGACAGGACCAGGACAUCAAAGUGCGUAUUCGUAUGCCCGAGAAGCAAAGGGGGGGUUCGGGCGAGGAGGGCAAGAGCAGGGACAAGCACAGGGAGAGGUCAAACCACCACCACCACUCCUCCUCCUCGAGGAGCGCGUCGCUUUCCUCCUCGCACAAACACUCAAGUUCCGGUGGUGCAUUAGGAAGCGGCAAAAAAGUCCCAAAUGACUCGUCUCGAACAAGCUCAUCUUCUUCUGCAUCACGCAAGAGGAUACACCCCCAAGACCCCUCUGCGGGAUCUCACCCCGCUUCCAAAGUCAGCAAGUCUUCUCGCAAUCCCUACCAGCUACCGUCCCUGUCUUCCUCCUCUGGCCAAACACUGACGUCUGACAUCCUCCCCGCCCUCGGCCUCCCCCACCACCAAGGGAGCUAUUCACACCCCAAAGGUGAAAAGACGGACACCAACGGACACGGGGCGACGGGGGGCUCCCAGUCCAACGAGUACCAGGACACUUUUGAAAUGUUAAACUCUCUUCUGAGCGCGCAGGGGGUCCAGCCAUCCCAGCCGUCCAUGUUUGACUACAGAUCCCAGUACGGGGACUACAGGUACUCUGGCGGAUCCAGAGGGGGCAAUGCCAGACCCCCACCCCUGCCUUCAGACCCCCCUCCACCUCUUCCGCCAUUACCCAAAUGACUUUUUUUUUUUUUUUUUUUAAUGUCUGUCGCUGUCUGUUACAUAAAGUAUUGUAUGAUUUUUAGAUAUUUUAUAGGCGUUAAGAGCUGAUGCAACUUUUAAAGGAUUUUAUUUUUACUGAUCACUCGAGGCUUGAAAAGCUGAGGCUUGAACACGUGAGGGGAAACGAACGUUCACAUAAAGGUCUGGAUUCCAUUUUGGCUGCAAUGAAAUUAAUUUAGAUUACGUAACAUGUUUCCCUUUGACUGUUUUUGACACCUUUUUAGUUGGCACUUUUAUAGUGUUAUUUAUUGAUUUUUGUUCAUAAAAAUGUAAUUUUUUUUUCCAACAAUUAACUGUUUAGACGGCUUUGAGAGUCCAUCUCCAAAACAUUUUUUUUCUUUCUUCGAGCAGCCAUAACCUAAAAAAAAAUGGGCUUUCCCUGCUCUUUUUGGUGUCCUGUGUUUAUAUUGGAUAAAUGUAUGCAAAGAUUGUAAAAUGUUUAAACCAGUACACAAAAUAUUUUUACAUUUUAAGGAAACAAAUGCAAAAAAUCAUGUAAAUUUUUUUUUUUUUUUUUAGUGUUGCAGUCAUUGUUUUAAAUGGUUGUAAAAUUGUCAGUUUUAAAGAGGUCAUACUUAUUGAAAAGAGACAGAGGAUAUUUGAUACAGGUUUAUUGGUAAAGGGAUUCCAAUAAUGAAUAAUAAAUAUCCUGCUAAUAUGAUGAGACUGAUGGAGUAGGAAAAAGAAAUGUACGUUCUUUAUUUGGAAUUGUCAUUUGUUUGUUUCUCCUGCAAUGGUGUACAUUUCUUUGAUGGUGGUUACAUUGUGGGAACCAUGUCUAUCAUAGCUCAGUAAAGGAUAAAAAUAAUACUUUGUCAUUUAUUUAGACAUGUCCUUUUUCGGGGGGUGUUUUAUUUCUUCAGGUAUAAGUCCCAGUGUACACUUGUGAGUUGAUGCUGGUUUGAUACAAUCAUUAAAGUUGUCUUGUUCCAUUUACAUUGUACAUUUUAACAAACCUGUUCAAUAUUACGUAUAUAUGUUAUCCCUCCGCAUUAUCAACAAUGCUUGCUUUUUUUGGCGGGGCAAAUCCUACAUUAGGAUUUAUUUUGUUGUUUGGAGCUUUCAAGCAAAUCAGCCAUAUCCUCUAAAUAUGUGAGUAACCUGUGCUUCUACAGAAAUAUUUUUAAUUCUGUAGAAAGAGUAAAUGCACUGAUUAUUGACCAGAAUGGUUUACGUACAGUACAACUGCAAAUAUAGAAUUGACUGACAAAUCUUAUUGUGAGAUCAUAAACUAAAAAAAAAAACUGCCAUGCAACUCUGCAAUGCAAAUCACUUCAUUACGUUUUACCUGAGGUGUUUCUGAAAAUUGUGGGUUUUGUAACUCAGUAGACUGGCAUUUAAUGAAAAAUCUCAGUGGGAUUUUGUUUUCCAUUUAACAUGUUCUAUGUGAAGACUUGUUUUUAAAUGAGAUUUUUUUUUCAAUUAAAGUUGCAAACUUUAUGG